AUGUCCGAAGAGUCUAAGCCAUCGCCUUCCAAAAAGCGUCAACGAACUUUUAAUGUUGAUGAUUCGCCUCCACCUGCUUUUUCGUCAGUUAAUACAGAUUCUACCGACACCAAUGGAGCUAGACGCCCACGUUCUAAUUGGACUCAAGAAGAAGAUGAGGCCUUAUUUAAGGCUGUAAGCGAAGUUAUGCAAGGAAAAUGGAAAGAAGUUUGUUCUAAAUCACCUCUGCUCGAAAGUCGUGGUACUGGUAUGGUUGCACAGAGAUUUAAGACAAAACUUAGGUAUUUUACUGGUGGUGUUGCUGGUGGAAAAAAAUGA